CUUCCUGCUUCAGCCUCCUGAGUAGCUAGGAUGACAAGCAUGGGCCGCCAUGCCAGACAGGGAAGUCUGGGAGGUAGGAAGGCCAGGUCUGGGGGUUUGGUGGAGAGAGCCUAGGCAGCAGCAAGUGCAGGGGGAGGGGUCACCUUAUCUCCUGUGAGUGGUGUCAGAUCCAGUUGCACCGCUUUGUGGCUGAAAGGGGAGCCCACUCUGCAGCCCAACCGCCACUUGCCUCCUGCUGCCUGGCUUCUGUGGGUAGUAAUUUGAGCCCAAGGAGGGAGCCCUGGGUGUCCAGGUCCCUAACCCCCUUUCUGGCCACCUCCUGGCUGGGCACAGCUGGCCAGAGGAGUGGAUGCAGGUUAGUGUGGCUGCGGCUCGGGCUGGCUGGGUGGGAGGGGCAGCACCUGGUAGGUAGAAGGCUGUGGGUGGCAGUGGGUCACAGCCGGCUGGGCAGGACGCCUCCGGCUGCCCUCCAAGGUGUGUGACUGCCUAGGAGCCCUGUGGCCUGGCUUGAGUUCUCUGGACCAGCACUCUGCCUGUGUCGCAUGGUGCAGCAGCAGGCAGCAUGGGCCGUGACCUCAGCCACUGUCCCUGACCUCCUCCCUGCCCAGGAUGCUGCAGCCUGAUGAUCCUGGUGCCCCGGAGGAGGGUGCGGCUCCCACAGCCCGGCAAAAUGACUGCAUCGUCUGCUACUCAGCCUACGACCUCACUGGGCACCUGCCACGCCGCCUUUACUGCGGCCACACCUUCUGCCAGGCGUGCAUGCGGCGGCUGGAUGCCCUGGCACACGAACAGCACUGGAUCCCCUGCCCGCAGUGCCGCCAGAGCACACCCACACCUCGUGGAGGAGUGGCCAUGCUGGACCUGGACCUGGCCACCUUCCUUGCCAUCAAGGCUGAGCUGGAGCCAGCGAGGGCUCGGCCCCAGCGCCCUGCACCCCUUAAGGUUGAAGCUGCAGUCUCUGAGCAGCCAGCUGCCAUCUGCCCUACCCUGAGCCCCCAGCCCCACUUCCCCAGGCCCCGACACCGCUGCUACUGCUGCUGCUGCUGUGGCUGGAGUAGUUUAUGCUGGGCGCCCCCCAGCAGCCCCGAGGUCUGAGCCCUGACCACCCUUGCAGGGGGACAGCUGCCUGGAGCUUGCCUGCCAGAAACCACGGGCCACACACAGUCCACCCAGAGCCACUGGACGGCUCACCAUCUGGGUGCAGCCCCAGGUGGCCCCUUGAGGCCAACCCCACCAUGGAAACCCACAGGCCAUGGCUUGAAGGGCGGCACCUUCACUGGCGGGAGACUAUGCAGGAGACUGGUGACUUCAAUGAUCCUAGUGGCCUGUCGCGCACCUGCUGGGCACCUUGCUGUCAGACUGAGCUGAAAGGCAGGCCUGGGCUCAGCUCAGAUGCAUCUGCUGGAGGCUGAUCCCAGGACUUGGGCACAGGCCAAAGGGCAGGGCCAGGCCGCAGCUGAUCCCGUGUGGGGGAGCCCUCAGGG